AUGCAAAACCUCAGAGAUCAAGAAGCUCUAAUUCCUCAGCCUCGUAUGAAUUUGCCUAAGGUGUGUGCUGCAGCACUUGCUGCCAUGACGACAGCUAGCAUUGUGGUUUUGUCUCCUGAAAGGAUGUUUGGCUGGGUUGCCAUGGCAGCACUCAUCCUGACCCUUGGCCCUUUACUGCAUGGGCUCUGUCUGUUGUCAGAGGAAAUGCUGCACCAUUACAACACGAGGUAUCGAGGCCGAGCAUUUCUGAGCCACAUGCUGCCAGCCUGUGGUUUUGGGUGUAAGUCACUGCUUGCUGCAGGGCUGGCAGCCCUCGUGUUGUACUUGGUCGGACACCCUCUGCCAGACAAUAACCAAUUCUGGAAACUCCUUUUCUUGGUCUCUGUUCAUUACCCGCUAUUGAAAAGCCUCGGAAUCCUGGGUCCAUCGGAGGUGGAAGUGUCAGACAUCUGUGAGGGAAGGAAGAUGAACGUCGCCCACGGCCUGGCCUGGUCCUUCUACCUGGGAUACCUGCGACUGGUGCUGCCAUAUUUGGAAGAUUCAAUCGCAGCCUUUCGUGCCACACAUCAGUACAGCAGUGCCCGUUGGGGUCGCGGCUCCAGGAAGCUCCUAAUCCUCGUCCCUCUCAAUGCCAACAUCUCACACAAGCUGGAAGACGAGGACGACAACAUCCGUUUCUAUGACAACCUCCCAAACAACGAGAUAGACAGGGCAGGAGUCCGUGGGCGGGUCUAUAAGCACAGUGUCUACAGAGUACUGGAUGAGAAUGGGGAGGGCCAUGAGUGUGUGGUGGAAUAUGCUACGCCUAUGCUGACGCUCUACAGCAUGUCUCAGGAGAGCAGCGCCGGCUUUGGGGAGCCCGAGCGCAGACAGCAGGUCCUGCUCUUCUACAGAACCCUGCAGGACAUCCUGGAGCACUCACUGGAGUGUCGCAACCGCUACAAGCUCAUCCUGCUCGAUGAUGAACAACAUGACGACCCUCACUAUUUGUCCAAGACCAUCCUCAGACACAUAGAGCAGCAGGAGAGAGAGGAGUUCUGUGUCACUCCACCUCCUCUCCAGGAGAUGGUACACCCGCUAUCAAACAGUUCAAGUGCCCCGCCAAGUGCACCGCCCAUGGACGGUAACUGGCACCACCACCCAGAGCACCACCCAGAGCCGAUGAGCAGGGAGCCCACACUCAUGUUCAGUCUAGAAAAACCUCAGCCCCUGAAGGGACCUGUUGAGAACAGCGACUACUAGCAGAGAGAAACAGAGGCACAGAGAGAGUAGUGUAGAAACACACACACCUCCCACAACUGUCACUGUAUUCCUAUUCUGUAAUACUAUACUCUUGUAUCUUCUUAUAGCAACCAAACAGAUUAAUGAUUUUAUAAAUUGAGUCUAGGCCUGAUUUCAGAUGAAAAGAAUAAAUUUAUGUGUAGAAUAGUCAUGUUUGAUUUUUCUUUCUGAGUAAUACAUGGUUUGGAGAAUGAGCAAGUUUAGACAUUAAGAUUCAUGCAAUAUAAUAUUGUCAAUGACUACCAGAAACUACACGGCCUGCCUGCUAUGUUUAGAAAAUGUCCUGGUGAACAGUGUAGAUUAGACAUUUAAACAAUAUGCGUACAGUGGAAAAACCCUGCCCAGAUUGUUCAGUGCAUUUAGAGUGAACCUUGCUUUAGUGCUGAGGAAAUGUUGCAACUCCAAGGAAAUAGUUCAUCUUUCUCCUUUGGAGAACAGGAUGUGAUCUUUCUACCCAAUUAAAAUAGUUCAAACUAACAGCCUGGAGCCGAGCAAAGGCUGUAUGACGUCUUGUGCUGCCUCUGUUUCUAUCUCGGUUUAGCUGGCAUGUUCUUUGCAGUUUUUUGUGUUUUUUUUAGGUUUACUUUAUAAUCCCUGUUAUCUUUAAAAGACAGUUUAAAUGCAAACAUUUUCCAGCAAUAAAUGGUUGAAUUCAUGCAAAUUUGGCCACAAAUUAUGUUAAAGUGUAUUUUUUGGUUGUUUAAAAUGCCAUUUGUUUCAAUAAUUGUAAAUAAAGAGCAGAAUGUGGAAGAGCAUGA